UCCAUAAUUCCGGCCAUCUCUUCUUCCCUUUCUGACCUGUAAACAUUCCACGACAGCAUUCGAGAGCCAGUACCUCGGCCUUUUCCUUUCCUUGGUCUUUCGUUUGUCUUUCCUACCGUCUUUCCUAUCUUGUCUGUGUCGGCAUUUACAGGAGUCAUAUCUGUUCCCUCAUUCGAUUCGUUACCAUUCUGCGGGACCUGCUUCAGACCUAGACCGGCCACUUCCACGACCAUAUUUUGUUACAACUGUGUUACAAUACAUCCUAUCUAAAUCAGACAUCACCAUGCCUCGGGGACACCGUACCACCAGUAGCGCAGGCCACAGCAUGGGGCAGCACCCCUACACCCUGGCCCCGUCACCCAUGUAUGCGCCUCGCAUGGCAACACCAAAUAAUACUGGCCAUUUCAACUUCAGCAGCAUGCCAUCCUCGGACAUGCACCUGAACACACAGCAGCAGCCUCUACCCAACACAUUCGACAGCUUCCAGCCCAUCUCUUCGUCUGCACCGGCCAAUAUCCCUUUGCCAGCUUCACAUCGCCCAAGCUCGGGAGCGUGGACCAUACAAGAUGAUCAAAACCUCGUCGCUGCUCGAGCCCAAGGGCUGAACUGGUCUCAAAUCAAGGAUACUUACUUUCCCAUGAAAACCGCCAAUGCCUGCCGAAAACGACACGAGCGCCUGCAGGAGAGAAGAGACGCUGAUGACUGGGACAACCGCAAGCUCCAAAAGCUGGCGAGAGAGUACAUGUCUAUGAGAAAGGAGAUCUGGAGUGGUCUUGCUGCUAAAACGGGCGAGAAGUGGAUGGUCGUUGAGCAAAAGUGUAUGGCGAAUGGCCUCAAGAACCUUCAGAGCGCGGCGAGGGCCGGCGCCAGACAUGAGCGUCUCCAACAGCAGCACGCGGCGGCAACGAGCAGCAUGACAGGGUAUGACAACGACGACAGCGGUGUUAGCGGCAUCAGCGGGUUGACUCCUGUGGAUGAAGUAGACGUCGGAAGCGAGACCUUCAGCAGCGGCAGCAGCAGUAGCCACAGUCCGGAUCGGCGCGUCCAUCACCAGCAUGCUGCGUCGACGAGCUCACUGCCCUACCUUCAGCAACACCAGAACCAUCAUCAUCAUCGUCACCAGUACCGGCAAGUGGUGAACGCUGGGUAUGGGGGAUAUGGCAUGCAGGGAUAUCAGGGGCAGCACCGGUACUCGAGCAGUGUGAGCUCGACAGCGAGUGCAGCGCAGGGGUUUGGAGGUAGUGAGGACGAGAGUCCGUACAUGCCUGGUCAACGGCUGCCGAGUGUGGAUAUGAACAUUGAGGCGAUUAUCAAUCGACCGAACAGGAUGUAAGUGUGCUUACGGACGGAUAGCGACUGGAUGAUGACACAUUGUUUGGUGUUUUGGCGUUUUCAAAUGGUGGUCUUACUACACCAAGGGAUUCUGGCGAUGUUGGCAUACUCGUACAA